GUGGGGGCUGCUCUCUCUCCCCCAUAGAGCGCAGCAUGAGCGCUCCGCGGCAAAAGGAUGUGUGAGCAGGCAGCGCGCUACUGUAGGGACGGAGUCCACAAACUGCUCAACAAAGAACAAGCCAAACUUCGAGCCCAGGAAAGCCGCGAGCAGCCGAAACCCGUAGCCGGUCAGGACAGCGAGUCCGCGACGGCAGCGCAGUCCGGAAACAGCGGCGCCCAGCCCGGUGGAAUCGACGGGCUCGUCCGCUGGAUCGUCACCAAAAUGAGCGACAACAAGAACAUCUCCAGCCGGGAGUACGCCUCCAGCAAGGAGGAGGUGGCCGUGGCUCAGGAGCAGUUCUUCGCCCCGGAACCGCGGAGAGGCAUCUCCGUUAUUUUGGAUAUAUUCAGAAGAGCUGACAAAGAUGAUGAUGGUAAACUGUCUCUGGACGAGUUCCAGGCCUUCUUCUCCGACGGCACGCUGAACGAGGACGAGCUGGAGAAGCUGUUUCACACCAUCGACUCUGAUAACACCAGUAAUGUUGACACUAAGGAACUCUGUGACUACUUUGCUAAGCACAUGGGGGACUAUGAGGGAGUCCUGGCCUCGUUGGAAACACUCAACCUUUCCAUCCUCAAAGCCAUGGACUUCACCAAAAAGGUAUACGAGAGAGGAACCAACGUGGAGCAGUUUGUGACCCGUUUCCUGCUGAAGGAAUCAGCCAAUCAGAUCCAGUCUCUCCUGAGCUCUGUGGAGAGUGCCGUGGACGCCAUCGACGAGCAGCACAGCCAAUCAGGUCAUCUACCUGCCAAGGUGAGCCCACGGAUGUCAGAGAGGCGCAACGAAAACACCGUCCCUGACUAUCCACCUAACAACAGAGUCAGUGCCAGGGAGGCUGUGAGGACCAUCAACACUGCUUCAGGUACAGUAGAGGUGAGGAAAGAAGGUCUGGAGGCUCAGAUCAACCGCCUGGCUGAACUAAUUGGACGACUGGAGAAUAAGACGGUCUGGUUUGAUCUGCACCAGAGGCUAACAGACACAGAUGGCACUGCCAGCGCAUCUUUGCUGCUGAUUCGUCAGGAGAUGGUGGUUUCCCAGAAGAAGCUCGGCGAGUUCUGCGAGGCUCUGAAGCAGUAUCUGAAGAACGUGUCCACUCAGAGAGACUGCUUUCAUGUGACCGCGGUGCGCCUGCCGGACGGUUUAUCCUUCGUGGUCUACGAGUUCUGGGACGGAGAGGAGGAGUGGAAGAGGCACCUCCAGUCGGCCCCCAACAAAGCCUUUCAGCAUGUGAAGGUGGAUACACUGUGCCAGCCGGAGGCCACGUCCUCUGUCGCCGUGCCAGCCGCCUGGUGCAGUGUGAGCCGGGACUGAGCAUGAAGAUCUUCAACCACACGCCAAGACUCCUGGACACGUCCCCUCCCUCCACGUCCUCUGUAACCCUCUUCAAACCUCUUUCCUCCCGCCCUCUCUGUUUCACCCGCUCUCACCUCCUCUUCCUCUUUCACCCCUCACAUUCCUCGACUCUUUUUGUAAGUACAUGUUUACACAGUGCAAAUGAAUGGUGUCAACUGCAGUGAAAAAAAAUUGAACAACCCGUGCAUUUUACAACGUGAGAUUAAUGAAAUGCGUCUCACUUUAGUCGUUUGUUGGCUCGAGAUAUUGGAUUAUGUCAUGUUCAUGUUUGGAGUAGCUUGGAGCCGCUGUAAAGAGUUUGGCAUGUAGCAAGGACCCGACGUUUGAGUUUUCCAUGUAGCAGAUACCGUUUCUUUUUUUUUUGGGAAUGCUGAUUUCUUUGGUUCGGCCUCCUGUCAGGGCUGAAGUCACCACAGGUAGCUCAUCAUCAUCAUCAUCAUCAUCACCAUCAUCUAUCUUUUUCUAACUUGGACGUUAUUCUCACAUCAGCCAUUCUGAACUCGCAUCGGCACGAGUCGCGUAGACGAGGUCGGCGGACCGAGUUGCCGGAUCAGCUUGCAGUCUCAGGAAAACUGAAUGCUUGAAUUUAGCUUGAAGGUUAGCUAGCUCUCUAGCUAACUGUCAGACUUACCUUUCUGAGUAAAAAAAAAAAAACAUGUGGUGGAAACCAUGACGGCCUUGCAAGCAACCAAUGGAUUUUUAUUUUUUUUUAGAAAUGAAUACAAACGAAAGAUCUUCUGCACUGAUGGACGAGAGCGACCUGGUGCUCGUCUGACUCAAUAAUUGAUAAAGCAUCUAUUAAUACAAUAUACAUAAUAUUCAUAAAUACCACGUGACAACACUGGUUCUUCAUUUUGACAAGUUUCAAGCAUCAGCAUCCUCGUUAGAGUCGGAUAUCUGACUGUAGGUCGAAUGUCAUAUUAGCUUGGAUUUAAGACGACCUUUAUUUUGGAGGAGAGGAACUCUUCGAUGACUCUGAAUAAUACAAGGAAGGCAGAUAAAACAUCCGUAUUUAAAUGUAUCAACACUUUUACCAUCUCGCCAUCAGAGAACCGGAGUCGUAACUUUUGAAGUGCCGGUCCGCAAACGACUGAAGCCACUUUUUAAAGUGUAAUUUACCUCAAAACUCAGAAACACCAACCUCCAUCUGUUUCGUCUAAUGAGCUCAUCCUGUACGUACAAUGGCUGCUGUGGGAGUAAUGUCUACGGUGAGAUGAACUCAUUCAGCGUACGGGCAGCGACAGAACGCCCUCGGUCCAAAUCUCUGUGAAGCCGGACGUUGUGGUUUUAUGUCGACGAUGGUGACGUAUUGACGGGAAGAUGUCAGCCUUCACAAAUAUUUGGACUCGUAGAUGUUUCUUUUAUUUCAUCCAAGACUUUGUGGUUAAGAGUUCAAACUCUGAGCGUUUACAUCGGGCGAGAUGAACGGAUGGCGUCGAGGGAUAAUCUCUGACCUGAACAAGAGUCUGCUGCUACCAUGAGACAGACGGCCAAAGGCAGCGCCUCGCUGUUCUCCAUGCAGCUACACUUUGUUUUAUUUCUGCCUUCUCUGUGUUUUCUCUGUCUGAAUUUGGCGAUGGGUAGCUUAUAUUAGCUGUGUGAGUCUAGUAGAGAUUGUACAUAUGAAAAUGUUGUUCUAUUCUAAUUAUAUUUGUAUUUAUUGACAUCUUUUAGUGCUAUGGUGCAAAUGUUUCCUCAGUGGAAGUGGCAGUAGCUUUUGUAGGCACUGCAGCUUCUCGUGACAGCUUGUUUGAAUCAGAGUAUCUACCAGAGAGAUCAAACCCUUCUGAAUGACACUGAAUAUGAAGCCUUAAACAUCACCACAUGCUCGAGGAGGUUUUUAAGGGUUUUCAAUGACUUUGUGUUGUGACGUGAUGUAAACGCAGGUAAGAUGUCCACUCGCGGUCUUUCAGUGUGGACCUCUUGGCAUCAAACACCAGUUUCGUGUUGCAUCGAUACAAAGACAGUUUCACUAAUGCAAUGUAUUUCUGUACGCCGAACCUCUUCACUGCAAAAAUAACUGAGUAUGCUGUAGCUGAUAGAUCAACCACCUCAGCAAAGUUCCCAACAACCGGACGUCAGAAUCAAACGUGGACGCAGGUCUGAUCAACUCCUUCUCAUAAAGUAAGACAAGACUAACGUCUGCAAGCGGCUUUGUCAUGUCACUGACAACCAUCAUGUUGGUUUCUUUCCACAAUCGAAAUACGUACAAGUCGAUUGAAACUCUACAGCAGCGGUUCUCAAACUUUUUACUCCCGUGACAAAGAGGUGGUACCGGAACAGGGACUUCAGUUUGUCACGUUCUCAUCGCUUCGUCUUUCUGCACCGAGUUUUUGAGUCGUUGCUGUGGACACUGGACCGGCAUGGCUGGCUCCACUUCGUAUCAUCACAACAGUUCUCAUUUUUCAAGCUUUCACUUAACCGUCAGUUUAGUUUCUAACUAACCAUGGAUGAUUUUACGUAGCAGGCUUACAUCGAGACAAGAUAUUUUACAGGAAAGACCAACUACAUUUUUAAUUUUCAAGUAUUUUCAUCGGAUUAUAUUACAUUUAAUACAUUUUUGCCGAUUCCCUGACGUACCACAAGAGGGAGCUCAUCACAGUGCCAAAGUUUGAGAAUCGCUGCUCGACAGUAAAAAACUACAAUUCGGUGAACGAAGAGAGAAAAUCGAUCUUUGAUCAGACCCGCCUCUGCGUCGGUUCUGGUCCAUCGUGAUCUUUAGAGACCUCGUUCCUCACACAGAGGCCUAAAUACCAAAAUUCAACCUUCUCACCACUGACACCGCUUACGAGCCCACCACUGUCAAACAAUCAGACUGUCACUCAGAAAGCACAAUGUAAAAAUGAGUGAGUAUUGUGACUUAAAGAUCCGGUUUGUUAGAGGUCGUGGAGUCUGAUGAGAGUCUUUAGAGAUUUAUAGUAUUACUGUUUACCUGGUGAAAGGUGUGUUGAUGAGUCACUCCUUCUUUAGAGCUCCAUACUUCUUGCCUCCAUCCACCUCACUGUUGACUAACUUCAUCUGUGAAUGACAGCCAGUCUGUCCUCUGCCAGUACUGUGCUAGCAGUGAGCGCAGCUACACUGAUAAAAAACCGAUCCAGCACCAUGGACCUGUUCUUUUAGAGCGCCGGGCUGCACUGAGCAGGGCGGGCCGUGUGCAAUGUGGAAGUGUUGAAUAUUAUUGAAUAUAUUAGAAGCAGUAUUACAGUCGGCUUAUCGAACAGGCAUGUGAAGGCGCUGCUGCUUUAUCUGGUUUUUAAAAGGUGUCCCGUGGAGUCUCUGACCAGUUUGUUUGUACCACGGUUAGAAAUGUGGCGAGGUGACGUUAGCAGACAUGAAUGCAGGAUUCAAGACAUAAAAACCGGCUUCGCAGAUGUUUUAUGAGGAUGAAAUUUUGAUGCAGAACACGUUGGGGUUUAAAACCAAACUGGAGAUGAGUGUGACGUGGUGACAGCGAGCUCAGGUUCAGCUGAUCUGCAGCUAAAUCUGAUGCACGACGACGUCACUUUGAGAUCCGUCCAAUGAAGGUGCUCGAGGGGAACACAGCACGUGUCAGUCAGUCAAAUAAAAAGAGAAAUUUAAAAUACCACGCAGACCUGCUGACAUUUUGCAAACUCAACUUUUACGACUUUACUGCGUCACUAUAAUCAGUAAAAUAACGUUACCUUAGUUACCUCAAACAAUCCUGAGAUGUACACACACACACAAAGGGCUUGUAGACAGACAUGUAGAUAAAGGCGGUAUCCCAGGGAGCAGUUAGGGGGCUCGGUGCCUUGCGAGGAGGUGAACCAGUCCACCACAUCAUAACAGAAAACAAUCAUGUCAAAUAAUCAAAUCAUAUUUCAUCCCGUCAACACUUGGCUCCCUGCAGACUUCAGUUUACGACUCUUUGAGUUACGUCCAUGAAUUUGGCUGCUUAAUCAGCACCAAGGCCACUCAGUAAAAAGCUCUGAAUGACUGAUUUCCAAACUUUAUCGAGUCCCUUAAAUCUCAGACACGACUUCUUCUGAGGACGCAGCGCUGACCUCCUGAAGUCGCAGGUUCAAGCCCGUCCUCAACCUUAAACUUGCAGCUAAGCUCACGACAGACCGACGGUGACAAACCGGGACUAAACUCCACGGGGAACCUUUGAACCUUUCACUCCUGUGCCGCCACAAACCGUGUGAAAUGAAGAAGGAGCUGCUGUACUCUGAACAGAAACACAAAGCCAUAAUUGCAUGGAUUGAUGUUUACAUGUCAGUGACUUAUGAUACUGAUAGCCAUAGUUUUUCAGUAGUCGAGCGCCCCGCUGAAUGCAGCCCACGCUCUAAUCGAGGGGUUUCUUUCCUGUACAUUGAGCCCAGCUUGGGUUGGGUUGUGUAUAUGAGGUAGAUAGUGAGUGAACUGUCAGAAAUGCCAAUACUGUUUCCUAUUGAUACAUUCCUGAAUGUCCCUCAGACUGUGCAACCUGUUCUUUUCUAUCCUCCUCCUCCUCAGUGCAACCUGUGCUUCGUCAUACGACUGAAGAGUUAUGCCGUUGAAAAGUGGCGAAAGCAGCCGUUCGAUUGAACGUUUCCUGAAAAGAUUAAAAAUCGCGGGAGGACGUCCCGCCUCUCUGUAGCUGUAGGGAAGCCGGUGGACAGGAAACAUGUCACCAGGUUUACCUCAACACGCGUUGCUACUCGAUAACGAGCCAAUCAGGAAACCGAUCGAGGUCAUAACUCUUCCGUUCUAUGGCCGUGUUCUUUUCUAUCCUUCAACUGAGUGCAUGUCAAUGAAUGUCCAGUAACUUCUUUGCUGUAGUAUUAGGCGAUGCUACUCUUCAAUGGGUUUUGUGCAUUUCUUACCUUCUUUCUUUUUCUAGUAUUCCUAAUGAAGGAGACAGAGACUAAAAAUCUAUUAUAUAAAAUAUAUAUGACUAGAAAAAUGGCAUACAAGAAUGAACAUUCACUUUUAUGGCAAUGUUUAAUGAAAUAUUAAUUCUUAAUGUAUGUUUCAGUAAAAACAGCUUUCUCUUCUUAAGUGUAGAGACUUAUUGCAGGGAUGCAAGUAUUAUAUUUGGUCUUUAAAGAAUAUCUUGUUGAAAUUCUAGACAAUGUAGAGUGAUGCAAUUCAAUAAAAGUAUAAAACUGAAAA